AUGUUGGGCUUGCAUCAGGAUCUUCAGGAUAGAGUUUACGAAGAAAUAAUUGACGUUUUAGGACCACAUCGCGCUGUAGAGCCAUCCGACUUACAUAAGUUGAAAUACAUGGAAAGAUUCAUAAAAGAAACUCUAAGGUUAUUUCCAGUAGCUGGACUGGUUGUACGAGCUAUAGAUGAAGAUAUUAAAGUUGGUGAUUUUGUUUUCCAGUCUGGCACCUCAGUUGUUUUUGGAAUAUUGAGAGCUCAUACAAAUGAAGAGAAUUGGCCAAAUCCAUUCAAAUUUGACCCCGACAGAUUUUUACCUGAAGAAAUUGCAAAAAGGCACCCAUGUUCGUAUGUGCCCUUUUCUUAUGGCCCCAGAAACUGUAUUG